CAGAUGGAAGCAGGUCGUGUAGACUUCUACAUUGGCCUCUCUCUGGCCGUGUCUUCUAGUCUUUUUAUCGGCACCAGCUUCAUUCUGAAGAAAAAAGGCCUCCUGCGAUUGGCCAGCAAGGGAUCCACCAGGGCAGGUCAAGGCGGCUACGCUUACCUCAAAGAAUGGCUCUGGUGGGCUGGACUUAUUUCAAUGGGAGCCGGAGAGGCAGCCAACUUUGCCGCGUACGCGUUUGCGCCGGCCACGCUCGUCACCCCUCUGGGAGCUUUGAGUGUGCUCGUAAGUGCCGUGCUGUCGUCUUACUUCCUCAACGAGCGCCUGAACCUUCAUGGCAAGAUGGGCUGCCUGCUAUGCGUGCUGGGCUCCACAGUCAUGGUUGUGCAUGCACCCCAGGAGGAGGAAGUAGCGUCCCUCAGCGCCAUGGCGGAAAAGCUCAAAGACCCAGGUUUCAUUGUGUUCGCUGCUUGUAUUGUGGGAAGCAGCCUGGUGCUUAUCUUUAUCGUGGCGCCCCGCUUUGGACAGAAGAAUGUGCUCGUCUACAUCAUGAUUUGCUCCGCCAUUGGCUCUCUGUCCGUGUCUUGCGUCAAGGGCCUGGGCAUUGGCAUUAAGGAACUAGUGGCCGGGACGGCCGUGCUGAAGGAGCCCCUCUUUUGGAGUUUGCUCGUCUGCCUGGCGUUGUGUGUCAGCAUCCAGAUCAGCUACCUCAACAAGGCCCUUGACAUCUUCAACACCUCCAUCGUCACGCCCAUCUACUACGUGUUCUUCACCACGUCCGUCAUAGCAUGCUCUGCCAUCCUCUUUAAGGAAUGGCUACGCAUGAACGCUGGUGCCGUAGUGGGCACCAUCAGUGGCUUCCUCACCAUCGUGCUGGGAAUCUUUCUUCUGCACGCCUUCAAGGACACAACUUUCAGCUGGGACUCCAUGCCCCUUUACCUGAGGAAGGGACCCCGGACCCUACCUUGGGAUCCCCGGCCUUAUGCGGCCCUCCACGGACAGGAUAGUCCUGUUGUGAGAGAAGUGAAGCCACCCUCUGGGGGAGGUGUCAAAGGUGGAUUGGUCUCACGGCAAUUGAAAGCGCCCUGA